GGAAAGAAGAAGUCGGUUGGGCAGCUGCAGGAAGGGGGGACUUUGUUCCCAGGUGAGAGCCACAGUCUCUGCUGCUGACCAGUUAGUCUUUCCCAGACUCCUGUGCAAUACAAGGCAUCAUCGUAACAAAUCAAAGCAAACAAAUGAGUGGAAGGCGCAUGUGUUGUUUUCCUUGUCUGAAGUGUGCCGCUCUUCACCCACUUAAAGCAGCCUCGCUUGGGAACUCCAGAAAUGGAAGAGCCGGGAUGCAGCGGAAGAUCAGAGGCAGAUAUAAAAACCGAGGCUGCGUCUGCUGGGCUCUUUGCUUACAAACACAAGGAGGAGGUGCAGGAGCACCUGCGGAGCCCGGCCCAGCAGGACCCCCACUACGCCACGCGCCCCCUGAAACCUGGAGAUGCCAACCAGAUCCAGGCGCCGCCGGAGCACGAAGGGCAGCAGCAACUUCUGACGGAGCCUCUGAGGGAGGGCGCCUCGGAUUACCUCCCAGAUGACUUUAUGGGAGCCACAAUGAACCCUGAACUUGCAGAUUAUUACUUCCUUGCUGGGCAGCCAUCUCCACCUCUCAGUUACACCGGCAGUUUCUUCAUCAAGACAGAACAAUGCCAGGAUCAAGAGUCUCUCUUCAACCUGAUGUCCGGGAUCCUUGGCCUUUCUCCGUUCUCUGCUUCAGAAGGCCACCAGAGGCCACUGGAUGCCAUCCACAGUGUCCCAGAAGCCUUGCAGAAUCACCUGGACCUAUAUUCCACUUGCCAGCCUGAACUGAACAUCUCUGUGCAGCCGUCUUUAACUGAGCAAGGGUACUCCACCUUCUCCAGUCCUGAUGGUAUCCAGCAAGUCCAAACACCCCCCGAUGUCGGGGGACCCUCCCAAUGUCUGUUUCAUGAAAAACUGUUGGACAGUAAGCAGGACCUCAAGUUGUCCUCCAUCUCCCCAUCUCUGGAGAAGUUCAAAGCUCCCUGCUCCCACUGGGAGCCUCUCGGCCAAUCUCAGACUUAUUUGCCAGCGGAAUAUCCUUCCCCAGAAACAUUUCACCCCAUAGAAACAAGCCAGGCCAUGUUCUCCCACCUGGGAUCAAAAACCGAGAAUGUGCUGGCGGUCAGCUGCCAGUCGGGACUCAACAGCCUCUCAGAACACUCAGGGUCCUUUGGACACAAUCUAGAUUUCAGUUGCCAGCCAGAAACAUUCCCCACCCACGGCCAAAUCCCCAGUGACUUUGCAGAGACAAAGAUCCCCAGUCUCCCCGCUCAGCUCAUCCAAGAAUUUGAAUCUUCCUUACCUCAGCCAGAGGUCAUGCCGAGUUUGAUGAACCCCCAUGAGCCGAGGGUACACACUGACCACUCCACAUCCUCGGUCUCCAUGACGGACUUCCUCGCCCAUUCCUCCAGUUCCUCGGGCAAUGCUUUAGUACCCAGCAGCACCCCUAGUGUCCUGGCACAGCCAAAGAAGAAACCCCGGAGAGGGAAAUGUUCCUCCAAGUGCUUCUGCCCCAAACCCCACGAGAAAGCAUUUGCUUGCCCAGUAGAGAACUGCAUCCGGAGCUUUGCUAGGUCUGACGAGCUUAACCGGCACCUCCGGAUCCACACCGGCCACAAACCAUUCCAGUGCCGCAUCUGCCUCAGGAACUUCAGCCGCAGCGACCACCUGACCACGCACAUCAGGACUCACACAGGGGAGAAGCCCUUCUCCUGUGACGACUGUGGCCGCAGGUUUGCCCGGAGUGACGAGAAGAAGAGGCACAGCAAAGUCCACUUGAAGCAGAAAGCCAGAGCAGAGGAGAAGCUCAAGGGGCUGGGCUUCUACACAGUGGGGCUGUCGUUUGGGACACUCUGAGGCCUACUUUUGGCAAUGCAGCCACGGCUUCAUUUUCUGGGAGGAAAGGGCUAGGAUACUCAGGUUAGAGGAGCCAUUUCCAAGUGGCUCUGUGGUUGUUGCAGCAGAGGGGCAAAGACAUGGAGGGGUUGUGGAGGGGUCAAUGGUUGCCUUCCCUAUUGAUUCCCUUUGCUAAGGCGAGCAGAGAAGAAGGCAUUUUCACAGGGGGAUGAAUUAAUGGAAGGAAAGCAAGGAAACUGGGGAAGGGGUCUGGCAGGAUCUGGAAAGAAUUUAAAGUCAUUCCAUAUCCAUAUAUGGUGGCCCUUGGGUUAAGGAGUACCAGGCCAGCUUCUGACCCAAGGCAGACUUUAUCUGUAUUUCAGCACCAUAGUUUGUGGUCAGUUCCCAGGGGGUGCUUUUCUGCCUUUCAGCACCCUGUGAGUGGCGGACAGAUCCCAAUCAAGGCACGAGACUGAUCAAGGGAUGCUAGUAUUUUCUUUCCUGAAACUGCUUUUGUAUUUAGCUUUGGUUAAAAAGAAGGGGGGGCUACCUAUAUUUUAUACAAUGAGUCAACUUUGCAAAGACAAAAAAUGUUCAUGAAUUGAAUCCACUUGCUGUCUCGUAAUGCACUUUAAUGGACCUGGGGCAGGGGUGGGUAUUUUUUUUAAGGAUAAGAAUGAAAUUUCUCAUGGUGGAGCCACAGGGGGAAAGGGAGAAAAUGUGAGGUGUAUAAAAUCAGCAGAAUUCAUUGCUUUGUAAAUGAUACAAAUUGUUGCUCUAGAGUUGACAAACUUUGCUUAAUGAACAUUUUGCAUAUAAUUGUGAUUGGAGGAUUUUGUUUGUUAUGUAAAUAUUUCUCGCUCUCUCUUUGUAAAAGCAGAAUGUAUCAAGAUUCUUAGAAAGCUGUGUUUAUUUUUACAAUAAACAUGUUUAUCAUUCUAGACAAAA